CUCCAGGUCACUAGAGGCGCCCUACCUCAAGACGUCAUAUCCGGUGGCAUCACACCGGGAACAGGAGAAGAACAACACUCACGCUAAGAGCAACACAAUCUGACUGUAAUAAAAAAUGUCCCGUCGAUAUGAUUCCAGGACGACCAUCUUCUCGCCUGAGGGGCGCCUGUACCAGGUGGAGUAUGCUAUGGAGGCCAUUGGCCACGCUGGCACCUGCCUCGGAAUCCUAGCCAAUGACGGCGUGUUGCUGGCCGCUGAAAGGCGGAACAUUCACAAGCUGUUGGACGAAGUUUUCUUCUCAGAAAAGAUCUACAAACUCAAUGAAGACAUAGCGUGCAGCGUGGCUGGAAUCACAUCAGAUGCUAACGUGCUUACCAAUGAACUGAGGCUAAUAGCCCAGAGGUACCUGCUGCAGUACCAGGAGCCCAUGCCCUGUGAGCAGCUGGUCACAGCCCUGUGUGACAUCAAACAGGCCUACACCCAGUUUGGAGGCAAGCGUCCGUUUGGCGUGUCUCUGCUGUACAUGGGCUGGGACAAGCACUAUGGGUUCCAGCUGUACCAGAGCGACCCCAGCGGGAACUACGGCGGCUGGAAGGCCACCUGCAUCGGCAACAACAGCGCCUCUGCGGUGUCCAUGUUGAAGCAGGACUUCAAAGAGGGCGAGAUGUCUCUGGCCUCAGCGCUGGCCCUCGCUGUCAAAGUCCUCAACAAGACCAUGGACGUCAGCAAGCUGUCCGCCGAGAAAGUGGAGAUCGCGACGCUGACCCGGGAGAACGGCAAGACGUGCAUCAAGGUGCUGAAGCAGAAGGAGGUGGAGGAGCUCAUCAAGAAGCACGACUUGGAGGAGGCCAAGGUGGAGAAGGCGAAGAAGGAGAAGGAGCAGAAGGAGAAAGACAAGUAGUCCGUCCCCAAGGCUGCCUCCACCCUCGCCUCCUAUAUUAGGUUUACCUGCGUGUGUAUGAUUGUGUGAGCUCAGUUGACGAGUGCACUGUGUGAAAUGCCAGAAGCACAUUGUUGCUCUACUUGUGUCGUUUUUUUCUUAAAAUAAACCCGAAUGAUUGAUCAGGUA